AGAGGACCUAAUGUAGUGGUGAAAACUCCUCGAUAGGUUUCGGUUGGCUUUGUCAGUGGAGUCGAGCUCUCCCGUUGAGUUCCCGAGUUUUGUCAACAGUCCACCCAUAGAGAGAAACGAGUCCACCCUCUUCAGGACCGGUGAUAGACAGGAUACAGCUAUGCUGCAGCAGAAUGACAGCUGUGUAACUUUGUUCGACAUUUUCAAAGCUAGCUAAUCUUGUAAGACUUACAAAUCAACACCCUUCGGGUUGGACGAAAUAGGAGGGAUAACGGCCUUUCUUACACCUGGGUUGAAACGUAUCAAAUGUGUCUACAGCUUUGUUGUCGUGUCAGAUGUAACGUUAGCUCACUGCUAGCUGGUAGUCGGUGUUUGAAGAACUUGGCAGCUAUUCAUUAUAGCUAGUUACACCCAUCGGUUAUCAAAGGUUGUGAUUCAUUUGAGGCGUGGCAUUACACUAGCAUGGCUCUUGAGUUGCUCUUGUUCCAAUUCAUUAUCAGAGACGAAUCCGUUUAAAGAACCAGAAGAAGCUGACUUGAACAUAAUGUUCAGGGUCGGCUAGACGAUUCUAGCUAUAGCUAACUAGUUUGUUAGCCACUACUAUGAAUGUAGGUAAGAACCACAUAUUGGGUGCUUGCUUAAGGUGGUCAGCAUCAGACUUUUGACAGCUGUAAAUGCUGGAAGUUUGUUUUCCUUCCUGCACCACAACACUGGGGGUUACCUAACGUUAGCUGUUUAGUUGCUAACCACUGUGAACCUGCGAAGUUUGCAUUUAAGCAGGGUUCGAGCUAGUUAUAGUUAACGACUAUUGUAUGGCUGUGUAGUUGCUCUAACGGGCUUAACGUUAUUCAUUUAGUGAGCCCAUGCAAUGCACUUUGGCGUGUUGUUGCUAAGAACUGCACAUUUAAUUAACCGACUAAAUUACAACUUGACCUUAUUAGUCUGAAAUGAUUAAAAAGCACAAUGUGAAACUUGUAUAAAGUCGCCUUAACGGUAAUACCACUGUAGAUAGAUGGUAGAUAUUUAAAUACGUGUGUCAGGGUUUAUUUUACAACUUUACGAGGCCAGUGACACCUGUAUCGCAGGUGUUGUCCAGCAAUUAAAGGGCUACAUACUCGCAUUGUAAGAGGCCGUAAAUGGCCGUACACUGGAUGUAAAACCACCGUUCCGCUACAUUGAAGAAUGUCUGUCCUGAUGAUUGCACUGCUGGCAUUUUUGGUUCUGGGAAUCCUGUCCAUCAUUCUUUUCAGAUGGAUAGUGUGCAGCCUGGCUGUGCGCUUCUGUGCAAAAGUGCUGAAUGCCGAGCUGAAGAUCAAGUCAGUGGGCCUCUUCUCAGUGAGGGGCAUUAGUCUGCAGUUCCAGCCUCAGCACACUCUGGAAAUUGACAAAGUAUGGAUUUCCAGCAAACUCCUAAACCAGGACCUGCCGAGGUACUUGGCCCUGUGUGUGGGAGAGACCCGGGUUAGGAUUGACCUCUUGGAGCCAAUGAGACCACGGCUCCCCCAGAGCCCCAGGAAUGACAAGGAGGGGGGCAAGCUCCCCCUCAGCCCCUCCACUGUACACUUCCUCUCUCAGUUGCUGUCCCUCCACAUUGACUCCAUCAAUGUUAUGGUGCUAAACCUGGCUUUGUCUGAGUCCCUGUGGCACAUGACCACCACAGGAAUCACCCUGCUGCUGGACCACCAGACCAAGAGGUUGGCCUGGGAAUUCUCAGUGGGGCAGCUCAGCAGUAAAGUGCUGAAAAGCAGCCGCCUGCAGGACACCUGUCUAGCUGAGGUGUCUCUGAGUUUGUCCGUGCAGGGGGACGUGAGUCUGCCGGAGCUGCAUCCGGGGCACCUUGAGCUGAGCGUGCGCACGCUGCUGGCUGAGCUGCACGAGGGGCUGUUCCUGAGUCAGCUGCUGGUGCCGCCACCCAGCCCAGCGCACGCCAGCCACGACGCAACCGAGUGUGAGGAGGAUCUGUUCAUUCAGACAGUGGCAGUGGACCAGUUCCACCGGCUGCUUCCUCAGAAGGUCAAUGUGGAGUUUGAGAACACGAACAUCACCUUGUCCAUGCACAGCCAGAAGAGACACUUGAACUGGACCCUCAAGUCUCUGAAGGUAGGCUACGGGCGAGAAGACCAGCAGCCCGCCCUCAGGAGCUUCACACCAGAGCUGAGCUUUCCCCAGAGCAACCUGGAGCUCCUCCUGGAGGACGGGCUUCUCCUGUCCCAGAGCCGUCAGAGAAUCCUCUGCCUCAACACUCUAAAGACUGUACUGCAGGUGACGUCGGUGGACAUAUCCGGCUCAGUCACCGUCAACACCUGCAUCAUCCACUACCGCCACCAGGAGUUCUCCCAUUGGCUGGACCUCCUCUCAUGGGAACAGCUGUUUCAGAGGAAGUCUGCACAGAGGAAAAAGCGUUUCCCACAUCUGGAUGCCCCCGUGCUCGUCACCUGCUCCGUGUCUAAUGUGAACGUGUCGGUGCAGCUGGGAGACACGCCACCCUUCGCCCUGGGCUUCAUAUCAACCAACGCAGAACUGCGUCAUCUCCUGGAGGCGGCCGGUGAUGCAGAUAGUGGGAGCGACCACAGAGGGCAGCAGAGAGCCUCCGUGUCCCUGGAUCACUUCUGGUGGCGUGUGGGUCAGGGCUCCCACAUCCAGCAGGCCCCGCACCCCCCAGGGAAACACGUGUGGGGAGAGGCCAUCAUCCUGGACUCCUUCACACUGCAGGGUAGCUGUAGUGAACCUCAGACGUCCAGCCCUGCCAAGAGUCUGAGUGUGGAGUCCAGUCUGAAGGGGCUGCAGGUGGAGGUGUCGGAGACCUGUGCCCUCUGUCUGUCCCGCCUGCUGUCUCUCUUCGCCCCCAACGGCACGCCUAAAGCCCCCGUCCCCGUGCCUUCUCACCCAACCCCCUCCCCCCUGCUCCUCAGGCUGGAGCUCAGCCUGGACGAUGUCAAUGUGUUCACCCUCUCCAAUGUUGCAGGUGCUGUUGCAUUGAGAGUGGACACGGUCCACGCUUUGGGCUCUGGGGAGAGCUCACAGCUUGCUGUGAAGGGCAUGGCUCUGUCGGUGGUCAAAGUGCUGACGGACAGCAUGGAGCCUUGCUGCCCCGCUGCUGAAACCCUCUGCCCCAUCCUCAGCCUCACCUCUCUGGCCUCAUCAUAUCUCCCCAGCACACACAGCCUGGAGGCGCAGUGUGAUGAAGCCUUAUCAGUCCAGUGGACACCAUCCGAUCACAUGUUCAUAUAUCAGCACAUCACUGAGACCAAAGCCUCCUGGAGCACUCUGUCAUCAGCAAUGAGGCCAUUUGAAGGGCAGGAACCCGAGGAGGAGCAGGAGACCGAUACAAUGGCAGACUCCUCUACCUGCUCUACUGAGAAGAGGGUCCUCAGCCUCAGCCUGGAGCUGAAGAGCUCCUCCCUCACUGCCUCUGUAGGGGAGCAGAACUUCAUUCUCCUGCAGGCCGACACACUCUCCCUCUCCAAGCGCGCCGGCUCUGUCCAGGCCAAGUCGCCACGCGUGGUCUUCAACUUCGACGGUAACGACAUCUUCACCUUCUUAGACUCCGAGCUGCAGAUGCUGGAGGAGCUGGAGGAGAUGCGUCCCCACCGCGACCACUUCCCCUUCCUGGCCACCGCCUCCAACCGCGUCUGGCUCUUUACCAUCCCCAGCGUGGGCGUGGAGUUCCCUUACCAAUACAACUUCUCCCAGACCUUUGACCAGGCCAUCGGGGUCCAGAAGUGGCUGAAGACCCUGCACCAGAGCAGCACCGGUGGCGGGGGCAGCGGUGCUACCCAGCCUGCCGAGGCCCAGCGCCUACCCCCGGACUUGCUCAUCCGGAUCAGCCAGUUCUCCUUCGUCUUCCUGGACGACGUGUUCGAGAUCAAGCUGCGCGACAACUACGAGCUGAUGAAGGACGAGAGCAAGGAGAGCGCCAAGCGGCUGCAGCUGCUGGACCGCAAGGUGGCCGAGUUGCGCAAGCAGCACGGCGAGCUGCUGCCCGCCCGCAAGAUCGAGGAGCUCUACACCUCGCUGGAGCGCAAACACAUCGAGAUCUACAUCCAGCGCUCGCGCCGCCUCUACGCCAACACGCCCAUGCGCAAGUCGCUGCUUACGUGGACCGUGGCUGACCUGGAGCUGGUUGUGCUGGCCGACCAGGCGCUGCACGGGCCCGAGCGCGUCCGAGAGCAGCUGAGGGACAUCGACAGCGUCAGCCCCUUCCCCCGAGACGGCCUGCCGCUGGCCGUGCAGUGGUGCCGUGCCUUCAGGUUCAAUCUCUCAGCCUACCUGGUGCGUAUCCGUGACUACCCACGUUAUCUGUUUGAGAUCCGUGACUGGGCCCUAUCUGGGCGGUUGGUCGGGGCAGAGCAGGACGGACACCCACGGGCACGGCGUCGGCAGAUUGUGCGUCUGGGCCAGCCAUGGGGGGACGUGACCGUCCUGAGGAACAUGCCACCACUCAAAUUCUACUACGAUGUCGAAUCGGACAUCUCCCUGUACACUAUUGUGUGGGGGCCGUGCUGGGACCCCGCCUGGACUUUGAUUGGCCAGGUGGUGGACCUGCUGACCAAACCCACGGCGGACACGUCCCCCCCGCUGGCCUGGUGGGACAAGAGCCGCCUGCUGCUGCACGGACGCUGGCAGAUGGACAUCGAACAGGCCAACCUCCACCAGCUCGCCACCGAGGACCCCUACAACACUACAGAAAACAUGCACUGGGAAUGGAUGAAGCUGAACUUUCACUGGAAACCUGGGCAGUUUGUCUAUAGGGGAGACCUGGAUGUCAACGUCAGGACAGCCUCCAAGUAUGAUGAUAUCUGCUUCCUGCACCUGCCCAACCUGUGUAUGACCCUUGACCUCCAGUGGCUGUGUCAUGGCAACCCUCACGACCACCACUCUGUGCAGCUCUGCUGUGCGGAGAACGAGGCUGACGUCACCUCUGGCCAAUCACAUGACUCCUACCGGGCCUUCCGCUCAGAGAACCUCAACCUCUCCAUGACCAUGGACCACAACCAGCACUGCGGCACAGAACCCUGCCAGCCACGGAUCCUCCUGUACAGCAGCACCCUGCGCUGGAUGCAGAACUUCUGGGCCACCUGGACCGGUGUGUCCCGGCCCAUCUGCCGGGGGAAGCUCUUCCACAGCCUCAGGCCCUUGCGUAAGAAGCUGGGUCAGCACUACAAGCAGAUGUCCUUCACCGCCGCCUUCCCCCAGCUGCAGGUGCAUUACUGGGCCUCCUUCGCGCAGCAGCGAGGCAUCCAGGUGGAGUGCUCUAAGGGCCACGUCUUCACCAGAGGAGCUCAGAGACUCAUCCCACAGGCUGGGACGGUCAUGAGGAGGCUGAUCUCUGAGUGGAGCGUGACUCAGAUGGUCAGCGACCUCUCGCUGGUCACCGUGCACCUCAUGGCCUCCACCUGGGACGAGACCGCCGACCACCAGAUCAACGCCCAGGUGAAGAAGACCCACCUGCUCAGCCUCUCCGCCCUCAGCUACCAGCGGCAGAGCAACCGCAUGGAGGAGGAGACGAGUUCCAAAGACGAGAGCAACGCCCCUUACACACACAAGCUGUGCCUGGUGGACCUGCGGGCCUCGUGGACCCCCACCAACAGGAACAUCGCCUUCGGCCUGUACGACGGCUACAAGAAGGCGGCCGUGCUGAAGAGGAACCUGUCCACCGAGGCGCUCAAGGGCCUGAGGAUCGACACGCAGCUGCUGGCCAAGAAGCUCAGGCGCACCGGCUCCACCUACCUGUCCAGCACCGCCCCCUCCACCCCCACCAUCACCGCCCCCAGCCGUGCCGACAAGAGCCAAUCAGAAGGCACCUCCAUGCUCCAGAGACUGAUCGAGGAGACGGACAAGUUUGUGGUGUUCUCUGAGGAGGAGUCGGGCGUGAGCGACCAGCUCUGUGGCAUCGCCGCCUGCCAGACAGACGAUGUGUACAACCGGAACUGGUUCAUCGAGCUGGUCAAUGGGCAGAUGAUGCUGCGAGGUGCAGAGACGUCCGGCUGUGUCCUGGUGUCUGCAGCCAAAGCCCAGCUGCUGCAGAAUGAGCACCACCCGGCCUGGUACAACGACACGCUGAAGCAGAAGACCACAUGGACCUGCCUGCUGGAUGGCAUGCAGUACUUUGCCACCAUGGACGCAAACCCCUCUGACCAGGAGGACUGGCAACUCUGGCUGGAGGUGAAGAACAUUGAGGAGCACCGUCAGCGGAACCUGGACUCCGUACUGGAGCUGAUGGAGAGUGGCCAGGCAGUGGGAGGCAUGGUCAGCACCACCACCGACUGGAACCAGCCGUCUCAGGUGCAGGAGACGCCUCAGGUGCAGCGCAUCAUCUCCCGCUGUAGCUGCCGCAUGUACUACAUCGGCUACAGCCACGAUAUCGACCCUGAGCUGGCCACGCAGAUCAAACCGCCAGCGAUCCGCAACGACCACGAGAAAGAGGACCUGCUCAACAAACAGGCUGGUGCUGUAGACACAUUCACCCUCAUCCACCACGAUCUGGAGAUCUCCACCAACCCUGUGCAGUACGCCAUGAUCCUGGACAUCGUCAACAACCUGCUGCUGCAUGUGGAGACCAAGCGGAAGGAGCACAGUGAGAAGAAGCAGCGCGUGCGGUUCCAGCUGGAGAUCUCCAGUAACCCCGAGGAGCAGCGCAGCAGCAUCCUGCACCUGCAGGAGGCCGUCCGCCAGCACGUGGCCCAGAUCCGCCACCUGGAGAAGCAGAUCUACACCAACAUCAGGCUGGAUGAGCUGCGAGGCGGAGAGCUGUCGGACAUGAACCAGAAGCUGCAGAACCAGCUCAACCAGGAGAAGACCGACCUGCAGAUGAAGAGUGAGGAGCUCAACAUCCUCAUCAGAUGCUUUAAGGACUUCCAGCUGCAAAGAGCCAACAAACUGGAGCUGCGGAAGCCUCCGGAAGACGUGAGUGUGGUGCGGCGCACGGAGAUCUACUUCGCACAGGCGCGCUGGUGCCUGACGGAGGAGGACGGGCAGCUCGGCAUCGCCGAGCUGGAGCUGCAGAGGUUCAUGUACAGCAAGCUAAAUAAGUCAGAUGACACGGCAGAGCAUCUCCUUGAGUUGGGCUGGUUCACCAUGAACAACCUGCUGCCCAAUGCUGCUUAUAAGCACGUGCGGGUGGUGCUACGCCCCCAGAGCCCCUGCCAAUCAGGACGCCAGCUCGCCCUGCGCAUCUUCAGUAAGGUCCGCCCCCCCGUGGGUGGGAUCUCUGUCAAGGAGCACUUUGAGGUGAAUGUAGUCCCACUCACCAUUCAGCUCAUGUACCAGUUCUUCAAGCGCAUGAUGGGAUUUUUCUUUCCUGGGAGGAAUGUAGAGGAAGAGGACAUAGGAGAUGAGGAGGACAAGUUCAGAAUGGUCACUACAGGUAUCCCUGUGGCCAAGCCAAGGCAGCUAUCGGAAGAUUCCCUCGUCGGGUUGGGCACGAGUAAAGGUGUGGCUCAGGGCCUGAACCGCUCAUCAGGUGUCAGGAGAUCGUUCCGCAAACCCCCUGAGCAUCCUGUGGACGACAUCGACAAGAUGAAGGAAAGGGCGGCCAUGAACAACUCCUUCAUCUACGUCAAGAUCCCGCAGGUCCCUCUGUGUGUCAGCUACAAGGGAGAGAAGAGCAGCGUUGACUGGAAGGACCUGAACUUGGUCCUGCCAUGUUUGGAGUACCACAAUAACACAUGGACCUGGCUAGACUUUGCCAUGGCCGUGAAAAGGGACAGCCGCAAGGCCUUGGUGGCUCAGAUGAUCAAAGAGAAGCUGCGUCUGAAGCCGAACUCGGGUUCAGAUGCGCGGGGGAAGGCGGCACUCGAGGGCCGGCAGGCGGACAGCAGCAUGCAACAGCAGGAGGAGGACGAGAAGGCCAGGCUGCUCAUCGGCCUCAGCACGGCUGACAAGAGCUCCGGCAAAAAGAGCAUCUUCAGCCGCCGCAAAUGACCAGGCCGCGGCCCACCGCCCUCCCAACCUGCCCCCUUCCCCACGGGAAGGUAAGGGAGCAGCCAGCAGGCCACCGCUGUCCUGCCAGUCCUGGACCGAGCACGGGGCUGCAGACAGUUGGCAGUGGCCCCCUGUAAUGAGAACUACUAGCGGGAGAGCAGAGCGCGUCUCUUCCUCCCCCUUCUCCCUCCCCACCACCUGUGCUGCCUUCUGAGCUCCAGGCAGGCCCGAGACACAGCGAUCUCGGCCUCCUGGAGAAACCUCGCCUACCGCCCGCCCGAGCUCACGCCCUGGAGGCACUGAGCUGGGUGCCUGCUGUACUGUCUGUCGAAGAAUAUAGUUUCAUCUAGCGUGGCUCUCCAUGUGUGCUUCUUUGUGUGUGCCAUGCCCACCACCCACUCUUUUUUUUCACUUAAUCACAUUUACUGACCUACAUUGCACAGCUGAACGGUUAGCGUUGCCUUCUCUUGCAGUUUAAGUAUUCAUGGUUAAAAUCCUCUCCUGCUGGGACGGGAGAAUGAAUUCAAUAGAAAACUGAAUGCUUGUGUUAUGCUCACCUCAAAAUACUCCAUCAGAACCACAAUGGUUUUUAUUACUCUUGUGUGAUCCAUUAGCACUACUAAUACAUGCAUCAUUGACAGGUUGAUGAAUUGCUCAAUAACACAACAUUUCAAUUAGUGUAAAUUGUUGUUCUCCUUACGUGUUGUCUGUAGGAGAUCCUCUGGAAUAGACUUGGACUGAAUUCAGAGGCAUUAGUGCUGGCUUCUCUGUAUCACCAUCAUCUCUGUGCAAUACUGUACCAAAACAAAACACGGGGAAAAAUGCUGAGGCUUUACUGUAUUGGCUUUAUUUAUGGCGUACUGGCAUAUGUGAUUCAGUCACAUCAGUGUUCCUCGUAAAAGCAUAAAUGUACACAGCCUGUUAUAAUAAUGUUUUGUAAUUUUAACAACAAUGGCACUUUUUUUACAAAAAGUAUUUUCACAUAUUUUGUAACCAUGUGAAUUAUUUGAUUUGUGUACAUUGUGAGUGCUGUUUAACUUUAGAUACAGCUUCUUUAAAGCUAUAACUAUUGAGUAUUCCAGUAAAUAAUUUCAAGACAAAGUAAAUUUAAGCACUAUUUUGCGCACCCAUAUGGAUUGUAAAAUGAUUGACCACGGUUAUCUGUAAAUUCUUCGGGCAGAUCCUGCCCCAUGCAUGUAUCAAAAAGAAAUUGUCAAUAAAAAGAAUGUCACCAAAUGG